GAAGACCAACAGAUAUGAGUGAACCUGAAUUAGAAUAUAAUCCUGAACUUGUUGUAGACGGUGAUACUGAUCAAAUGGAAUGUAUUCAAACCACUACACAAGUUGCUGAAGCGUGGUGGCAAGUUAGACUUAGACAAGUAUCUACUAUAAACAGUCUACACAUAUUUUACAAGGAAACUGAAACACCUUAUGUUCAGAAGAAGCGAUUCGCCGGAUUUUCAGUUUAUGUUUCCAAUGGUACAACAGUACCAUCUGGCGAGAGAUGUUAUCACCACGAAGGAGACAACUAUCCAGAGUUAUACCAAGAAAUUCAAUGUAAAGCUGUAGGGAGAAUUAUCACCGUCAUUAUACAGAGACCACCGGAAGCUAAUUUCUCUACAGCUCUCUGUGUCUCCAAUCAUGCGCUUCUAGAACUGUGUGAAGUUGAAGUUUAUGGUUGUCAAGUAGGUUUUUACGGAACUGAAUGUACUAGUGAAUGUCCAAUAGAUUGUGUAGAUGGUCAGUGUGAUCCGGUAACUGGAGAUUGUAGAUAUGGGUGCGUAGAUGGUUACUUUGGACCUAAAUGUGAACAAGACUGUGAGACCGAUAUCACAGCAUGUAUAGCAGAGUUGUGCCCAGAAAACUGUGCCUCUCAAACCUGUGAUUUUUUUGGAGCAUGUCUGGAAGGUUGUAAAGCUGGUUGGCAGGGCACUGAUUGCACAUCACAAUGCGGAGCUGAGUUUUACGGAGAAAAUUGCAAAACCCGAUGUUUUUGUGAUCAUGGUGCUUGUGACAGUCAGAAUGGGAGUUGUCCAGAUAGUAUGUGUCUAGAGGGUUGGGAACCACCUACUUGUAGCCGAAUAGCCUUACAACAGUCUGGCAAUGGGGCUCCAGAUGGAAUGGUCAACUCAUCUACAUUUUAUGCUGUUACAGCUGUGGCUGUCAUUAUCAAUGCUGUACUUCUUGGGACAGUGGUCAAAUUAGCAUGCAGACUGAAGUUAUUUAAGAAACUACCAGGAAUUAAAGGGCCAAAGAAAAAGGUUCUGGCAGUGUUGAAGAGCAAGAAACAAAGCAGUAGUACCGAUGAUCCUAAGGCAAAGAAUAAACAAAAGCAACUACCAUCAAGAAAAGCAGUAAAUGAUUACUCUGUCCCACCUAAUAAAGACUAUUACCUAGAUCCAGUCAACACCAGUUAUAAUGAACUUAACAAAAGGGAAUCAAAGACUGACAUGAAUAUUUAUGAGGGGUUAGAUGACGAAGAAGCAAUUUAUUACUCAAUCUCAAAGUAAAAUGCCAAUCAAAUAUAAAGAAAAGUGUUUGCAUUGAGACAUUAAAGAAAGUAUAUUAAAGUAAGAUAGAAAUCCAAAAGUUGCGCUACUUAAUUAUAAAAUAAAAAAAAUCAUAUUAAGUUGAAUUAUACUGUCAAUUUGAAUGGUUUUAAAUUUCUAAAAUGUUUUUGAAAGAAAAUAUUAUGUAAAUGCAAGCAACUAAAUAUGUAUCUAGAGGUAUUAUUUUCAAGGGGAAUUGGUUAUAAGUGCUAGUCGUAUUCUAGAAGUAUUAUAUUCAAGGGGAAUUGGUUAUAAGUGCUAGUCGUAUUCUAUAGAAGUUUAUUUUCAAAGGGAAUUGGUUAUAAGUGCUAGUCGUAUUCUAGAAGUAUUAUAUAGUGUUAGGUUAGUUUUAUUGAUAUUAAAGAAAUUUCUUUGGUAUUCCUACACGGAAGAUUUUAUACAAACAGAAGAAGAAGUAUACUUAACAACAACAUUAUUUUUAUUUACCUGUGUAUAAUAUGACACAGGUUUCUUCAAAAGUGAUGAUUUUCUAAAAAUUGUUUGACAUUUCACAGUGAUAUCAUACUUUAACUUUGUUUAAACCUGUUUAUUUACUUUUGACUUUAAUUAUUUAUCCCUUGUAAUUUUUUAUUAACUGUGUAUUUGCAUUCAGGUGUCACAGGUCAAAUUUAUUCGUUCAUUGUGUGUUAAUUUACGUUUUUUGAUUGAGUUAAGCCUUCCAAUUGAUAUUUUAUAGUGUGUUUUUCUAUGUUGUGAUGUUAUACUAUUGUUUCAGAAAAGGGAGAAUGUUUGGUACCAUUAAAACGUUUAAUCCCGCUGCAAAUGUUUGCACCUGUCCCAAGUCAGGUAUCUGAUUACAGUAGUUGUCGUCUGUUUAUGUAGUUCAUACCUGUUUCUCGUUUCUCAUUUUUAUAUAGAUUAGACCGUUGGUUUUUCCGUUUGAAUGGUUUUACACUAGUAAUUUUUUGGGGCCCUUUAUAGCUUGCUGUUCGGUGUGAGCCAAUGCUCCGUGUUGAAGGCCUUACCUUGACCUAUAAUGGUUUACUUUUAUAAAUUGUAACUUGGAUGGAGAGUUGUCUCAUUGGCACUCAUACCACAUCUUCCUAUAUCUAUAUAUAGUCGUAUUCUAUAGAAGUAUUAUUUUUAAGGGGAAUUGGUUAUAAGUGCUAGUCGUAUUCUAGAAGUACUAUUUUCAAGGGGAAUUGGUUAUAAGUGCUAGUCGUAUUUUAGAAGUAUUAUUUUCAAGGGGAAUUGGUUAUAAGUGCUAGUCGUAUUCUAGAAGUAUAAUUUCAAGGGGAGUUGGUUAUAACAAUUAUAUUACAGGUAUUCC